CCUCCUCUCUCUCUUUCUCGUCCUGCGCUGCUCCAGCUGCUGCCGCCGCUGCCUGCCUGCCUGACGGUGCGUGCUUGCGUGUGUGUGAGUGCGUGCGAUCUCCUUUCCGCUCGCCCCGUGCUGCUGCUCCUCAAUGUAGCAAAGACCAUGACAGGCAUCGCCGCCGCCUCCUUCUUCUCCAACAUUUGCCAAUUCGGGGGCUGCGGACUGCACUUCGAGUCGCUGGCCGAGCUCAUCGUGCACAUCGAGGAUAAUCACAUCGAUACAGAUCCUCGUGUGUUGGAGAAACAAGAACUGCAACAGCCCACAUAUGUGGCCCUCAGCUACAUUAACAGGUUCAUGACAGAUGCAGCGCGGCGGGAGCACGAGUCUCUGAAGAAGAAAGUUCAGCCAAAGCUGUCGCUCUCACUGACGGGCAGCCUAUCACGUAACAGCGUGGCCACGCCCCCUCGCCACAACAGCGGCAACCUGACCCCGCCCGUGACCCCGCCCAUCACGCCCUCGUCUUCAUUCAGGAGCAGCACCCCCACAGGCAGCGAGUAUGAUGAAGAGGAAGCAGAAUAUGAGGAGUCUGACAGUGACGAGUCGUGGACCACCGAAAGUGCCAUUAGCUCUGAAUCCAUCCUCAGUUCCAUGUGCAUGAACGGCGGUGAUGAGAAACCGUUCGCAUGUCCAGUGCCUGGCUGCAAAAAGAGAUACAAGAAUGUGAAUGGUAUCAAGUACCAUGCCAAGAACGGCCACCGCACUCAGAUCCGCGUUCGCAAGCCCUUCAAGUGCCGGUGUGGUAAAAGCUACAAAAGCUCUCAGGGGCUUCGACACCACACCAUCAACUUCCACCCGCCCGUCUCUGCCGACAUCAUCCGCAAGAUGCAGCAGUAGAGAGUGCCAACAUCCUCCUCUAUACACACAAACACACACUUCAAUACAUGUAUAUAUACAGUACAAACAAAACACCUCCGUAUCCAUCUGCACCAGCAGCUGUGGCUGUCCAUUAACUCUGACUUUGACCCAUCUGGUCCCCAGUUUUUUUUUGUUUUUUUUGGAGGACAUCCAAAAAAUAUUUGUCUGGAGGACAGUUCGUCUCUAUUUUACUCUUUCAAGAGUAAGACUCUUUCACCUCCCUUUUCAUUCCACUCCUCAUGAGGAGGAAACGUUAACCUUUUUAUAUUCCUCUUCCUCAAGGAAGACUCCCUGAAUCCCUGUAUCAUUCUGUACCUCCAUGAGGAGGAUUUGAUUCAACCAUCUAUCAAAACACUAUAUUUUGAAUUGCAUGCUUUAAUUCUGUUAUUUUUUAUUAUUAUUAUUUCCUUCGCUUAUUUGUAUCUUAUUAGAGUUCACAGUUUUGUAUUUUUGCACAUUCGCUUAUUAUUUUCCUUGUCUUAUUUUUUGUUAUUUUACUUAUUUUGUUUGAUGCUUAGGUGCUUAUUGUAAAAGACUGACGGUAUGUUUGGAAAGAAAAGAAUCGUGACUAGAUAACCAGCCUCACAGCGAACAGAAGAAAUAGUUGACCCAAAAAUUAAAACUCUGUCUUUAAUUACUCACCUUCAUGUCAUUCCAAACCCUUAAGACCUUCGUUCAUCCUCAGAACACAAAUUAAGAUAUUUUUGAUUAAAUCCAUAGACAGCAAACCACGGUCAAGGCUCAGAAACAUCGUUAAAAUAAUCAGUGUGACAUCAGUGAUUCAACCGUAAUUUAAUGAAGCUGCGAGGAUAGUUUUUGUGCACAUAGAAAACAAAAAUAAUGACUUUUUUCAAUGAUUUGUCUGCUGCUAUUAUUAGUGUUGCCAAGUCCGUGGUUUUCCCGCGAAUUUGGGCUACUUUAACACUGUUGCCGCGUGUUGUUUUUGACGUCCGUGGGUUGAAGCGACCCCAAAAACGUGAUUUUUAGCCUCUGGAAUGCGAAUUUACCAGGCGAGCCCCGACAAAAAACGUGUAUUUUACACCACGGAAUGCCCGGGGACCCGCUCGAAACGAAAUUGGGUUAGUUGUGAGUAGCAAUUGGGCGGGUUUUGUUGUGAAAACCUGGCAACCCCAUUAUCGAGAGUACCACGACGCUUGUAAACAAGAGGGCGGCAGAUGGCGGCAGAGAGAAGAAAUCGUUAAAUAAAGUCAUUAUUUUUGUUUUCUUUGCGCACAAAACGUAUUCUCGUAGCUUCGUUAUAUUACGGUUGGACCACUGAUGUCACAUGGACUAUUUUAACGAUGUCCUGUGUCUGGACCGUGGUAACACCAUUGCUGUUUAUGGAUUUCAUAAAAAAUAUCUUAACUUGUGUUCCGAAGAUGAACGAAGAUCUUACGGGUUUUGAACGACAUGAGGGUGAGUAAUUAAUGACAGAUGUUUCAUUUUUUGAUGAACCGAACUAAGGAUUCGUUGUGAACGUGAGUCUGUGUGGAAAACGAAAGCUAGGUAAAGCUUGAAAAGUUUGAAUGUUUGUAAUAUAACAGUAUGUACUCCUAUAUAAGCAACAUUCAUAGCUACAGAUUGUGUAUAUAACUAUAUUCUAUAAGUUUCAUAGUCAGAUUUAAAUUCUAUACUUUAUUCCUGAGUUUUAUUUUGUAUAUUUUCAACCGAACUUCAGAUAUAUCGAUUGAUUAUAGAUGUGCCGUUUUAAUUUCGAUAGCGUUAGUGCUUUCGCCCUUUCCGUUAAUCUCAGAAAAAAUAUGAGUUAGCACCAAAUGACUCUCAGGUGACAAAUCGCCAGCAUUUUCAGAACCAUAAUUCUGCCCAAGCUAUCUGAUAGUAUUUUAGUGUAGGCUGUUACAAUCUUCCCAGGUCCGCUGUGGCCGGACCGUUCUGGAUUGUUCCAGAACUCCA